UUAUCAUGCAAGUUCCUUACAAAAGGUUCUUUGAAAUACUGCAUAUGCAUGUGUCCACAGGUAGAGAUAAAUAUCACAUCUUGUAAGGAAAAUCACACCUUGUCAGCUCGGGUAGCCUCAGGCGUUCAACAGGCUAUUUGAAGGAGACAAAAUCUCGACUGCUUUUACCUGCAGAUCCACUCUCUUUCUCCUGCCUUUGAGAUCCCGAACACUGCAGCAAUGCCUCCUCCCGGUGUGUGUCUGAACAUUAUGGAGGCCCGUCAAAAGCGGGAUGGUUAUGGUAGCUUUGCCAACCCUGAUAGGCUUUUAAACCAAGACUACCAGCAGCUGGAACAGUACUGCCUCAUUCGAGGAGUGCGGUACAUCGACGACAUGUUUCCCCCUGACAGGAGAACUAUUGGCGAAGGGAUACUGAAGCCUUCUGACCUGAAGCGAGUGGAGUGGCUGAGACCAGCGAAAAUUGCUCCAUAUCCAGCCUUCGUACUUGACGGGGUCUCCAGGUUUGACUUUGGUCAAGGACUUGUUGGAAACUGCUGGUUUCUAGCCUCUAUUGGGGCACUGACGUUCCAAAAUGACAUCCUCUGUAAAGUCGUCCCUCUUGAGCAAUCUUUCGAUGGGAAAUACUGCGGGAUGUUCCACUUCAGGUUUUGGAGAUUUGGAAGAUGGGUUGACGUCGUCAUUGAUGACAAGCUACCAACAAUCGAUGGCAGACUGAUCUUUGUCCACUCCAAAGAUCAAAAUGAGUUCUGGCCUGCUUUGCUGGAGAAAGCCUAUGCCAAAGUGUGUGGUUCCUAUACCGACAUGAAUGCUGGAACUCCUUCCGAGGCCAUGAUGGACUUCACAGGUGGUGUUCACAUGUCAAUCCAGCUGUCAAACCUCCCCGCAAACCUGUGGGAGCUGAUGUGUAGAGCUGGCCAAACCAAGACACUGAUGGGCUGUGGUACAGCUCAGGGGAAAACAUCAGCCAACACCGUAUUACCGAGUGGACUGGUCCAAGGCCAUGCCUACACUGUUACCGGUGUGAAACAGGUGAUGAGCCGAGGGAAACUAAUAAACCUGGUGCGUUUGUGGAACCCCUGGGGCAAAGGAGAGUGGAACAGAGACUGGAGCGAUCGGUCUCCUCUGUGGAAAACCGUGAGUUACAACGAUCGAGAAAUUUGCCUUUCAGUGGCUGAUGAUGGAGAGUUUUGGAUGAGCCUGGAAGACUUUUGUGAGUUCUACACAGAUCUGGACAUCUGCUCCGUGAGUCCAGACUUCCUUGAUGGGAGCUCCUCCAGUCACUGGAAGUCCUACAUGAAUGAGGGUCGAUGGGUUGCAGGAACAACUGCUGGAGGAUGCAUGAAUAAUAGAGACAGUUACUGGACCAAUCCACAGUAUCGGGUCAAGAUUGCCAGCCAAGAUCUGGAGAACAACGGAGAGAAAAAUGUGCUGGUGUCUCUCAUGCAAAAGCCGCACAAGAGAAACAGACGACUGGUUCAAAGCAUUCACAUUGGUCUCUGUGUAUUCGAGGUGAAAGACAAGUACAAGGCGCAGAAGGGGAAGUUCCCGGCCUCUUUCUUCAGCAGCCACAAACCUGUUGCCCAAAGUAAAACCUACAUGAAUGCACGUGAGGUGAUGGAGUUCCUGGUGCUGAAGCCUGGCGAGUACCUGAUCGUACCGUCCACCUACAGUGCCAAUGAGACGGCCUCCUUCAUCCUGACCAUCAUGUCCAAGGCAGAGGCCAUGGUCUAUGAGAAUUCCGGUGAGCCUCCAGAUGAGCCAGCUGAAAGGUCCAACAACAAACAGGUCGAAAAUGAACAGGAAGACGAGAAUAAGAAAUCCUUCUUCCGCCAAAACUCAGACAAGUACGAAGAGGUGGAUGCUGAGCAGCUGCAGAGUCUUCUGAAUGAAAACAUUCUGAAAGGAGACUUGAAAUCUGGAGGCUUUAGCUUGGAUGCCUGUCGGAGCAUGGUUGCUCUGAUGGAUACAUCGAUCACUGGAAAACUGAAUGGGGAGGAAAUUGUUCGUCUGUGGAAGAAGGUCGUCAUGUACAAGGACAUUUUCUUCCGGACUGACGUUUCACGAACUGGAACACUGUCACUGAGUGAGCUGAGGAACGCUUUCCUAGCUUCAGACAUUAAGGUCAAGGAUGACAUGCUGAGUUUGAUGGCGCUGCGCUACGGAGCCUCCGCAGGACACCUGACUCUAGAGAGCUUCCUCAGCCUCAUCCUCCGCUUCGACUGCAUGUUCAAAAUCUUCAAACAGUUGUCUGGGGGACAAACAAUCACUCUUCAGGAGUCGGAGUGGAUGUACAUUUCAAUGUACACUUAACCCAACAAGGAAGAUGGACAGAACAAUUUGUCAGGAAAACAGCAGUAGAUAUUUCAAGAAUAUCCUUUCAUAUCGCAUAAUGAGCCUUUACAUAAUAUAUGCUUUAGUUAAAGGGAAUUUCCACUUCUAUAUCUCUGUAGCAUUGCAAUACACAUUCAUCUGUAGCACCUAUGUAGACGUAAUGUGAGACGUGAUAAUAAGAUGGAAUGUUAUUACAAUAACAGACUGAGUCACUGAACUUAUUUUUGUAUUAUAGUAGAAUCAAAAUGAAAGCUUACAAGGCUUUGUAUAAUCACUUUUUAAAUCAUUGUAACCUACUUUCUACAAGCAAUAAAGAUAUCAAUUCUGUGAAAA